AUGGAUGAAAAUUUUUUACGUAAUUGCUAUGUAAUACGGAAUUCGGAACAAAAACAGCAGCAUAAUCAUCGUUAUGCACGUUUUGAUGAUCAUCGUUCAUUUACAGAGCAACAACCUCAACAGCAACAAUCAGCAGCGUCACCACCUAUUGAUAAAUAUCAUUUUAUCUAUUUAGCAUUAUUUUGCUGUGGAAUAGGGUUUUUAUUACCUUAUUCAAUCUAUAUAACAUGUGUUGAUUAUUUUCAUACACAAUUUCCACAAACAGCUAUUGUAUUUCAUUUAAAUUUUAUUUAUAUUAUUGUGGCCUUUAGCACAGUUGUAUUUAGUAAUAUUAUUGCAAAUGUUCUAUCUCUUAAACGCCGUGUUAUAUUUGGCUAUUGUCUAACAUUAGCUACAUUUAUGUCUAUAACGAUCUUUUGUGUUGGCUUAGAAGUUUUUCCACCGCAAUGGUCCUAUUGUAUUUUUCUAUUAUCUAUAGGCAUAAUCGCAAUUGGAUGCACAUUACAACAAUCAAGUUUCUAUGGACUAACAAGCAUGUUACCGUUUCGAUAUACACAAGCUGUUAUGACAGGCGAAAGUUUUGCUGGUCUACUUGCAUCUUGUGCUCGAAUUAGUACAAAUUUAUUUAUGUCAAGCGAUAGUCAUUUAAGCACAAUAUUGUUUUUCUCAUUGGGUCUUUUAUUUGUACAACUUUGUUUUAUAUCUUAUCUUGCUAUUCAACGUUCAAAAUUUAUCGAAUAUUAUGUUUAUCAAUGUGAAAAUGCAAAGAAAAAUGAAGACAUUGAAUUUCAAAUUCGUUGUCAUACAGCAUCGAUUAACUCGAAACAGGCAAUAGUUGAUGAUAAUGAAGAAAAUCUUGAAUCAAAUCCAUCAAAUAUCCAAGAUCUUCAUUUCGGCAUUUUAACUGUUGAUACAUUUGAUGAUCAACAACAACCAAUUAUAUCAUCCUAUGAUAGAUAUUCAUUAAAUCUACGGUUACGAAUAAAACGUGAAUGGUAUUAUCGAGUUGAUUGUAUGAGAAUAAUUUGGCCGUAUAUGAUUUCUAUAGCAUGUACAUAUUUGGUGACUCUAUCAUUAUUUCCUGGUGUUGAAUCCGAAAUGAUUAACUGCCAAUGGCGUGAAUGGUUACCAAUUAUUUUAAUGGCUUUAUUCAAUACAUUUGAUGUUUUUGGUAAAAUAUUUGCACUUUUUACUCAUCAUGUACUAUCACCAAUGCAACUAUUGAUCGGUAGUCUUUUACGUUUGAUUUAUAUACCAUUGAUGCUCUUAUGUAUAUUACCAAAACAUGCACCAUUACUAUCCAAUUUAUUUUGGCAACUCUUUUUUUCGAGUACACUUGGUUUGACCAAUGGUUAUUUUGGUAGUGUACCGAUGAUUCGUGCACCAGUAACAAUUAUUGAAGAACGUAAAGAGCUCACAGGAAAUUUAAUGAUGUUUUCUUAUUCAAUUGGGCUAACAGUUGGCAGUCUUCUUUCUUAUCUACUUGAUGCAAUCAUUGGUCAAAGUACGGGUGUUGACUGGUGUCAGCCGGUAUCGUCACUCAAUCAAACAAUAUGGGCUAUAUUUCACAACACCAGUAUUUCUUGA